AUGAUAUUUGAAACGGCAGAUCCUGUUACUGUCAACGAUAAUGACUUGGUAAACCGAGAUGUCUUCGUCAAUAAUGCAAAGGCUGGUUUAGCAGACAGGUACUCUGUUGGUGAAUGGAUAUUUAUGUGUUUAGAAGCAAUAUCGAAGCCAGCAAACUUACUAUCAACUUUAUGGAAGGAAGGAAAUAUUAUAGGAUUUAUUAGUAAGGCCGAAGCUGAAUCUAUCCUACAGAGUGAACCAAUUGGAACUUGCCUUAUACGUUUUAGUGAAAAAUCUCCCGGAAAUCUUACUGUGCCGUAUAAAGACGCGCAAAAUCUUAUUCGAUGGACCAAACCAGAAAAUUCAUCAAAAAGAUCAUGGAUCGAUGACGUAUUAUCAAGUAAUCGAAAAUGGAGAGUUAUAUAUCCUGGUGAAGUGGCAUUACAGUCUUUGCGAAAUCUAAUAGUCAAUGAUGAAGGAGUGAAAUUCUUUGUGUACAUAACCGUCAUCCCAUCUUUGUCUAGUAAAUUCUUUGAUAUUACGGUAAUAAUUGGUCUUAAAUUUGUCGAAGAAUGGUUAAGUAAAUACGGAAGUCAGAUUUGUCAACAUACAUCAGACAGAUGGAUCGGUGCUUUAAGUGCUCCUUCUGUAAAUGUUGUAUAG